CACUCGGUCUAUGCAAAUAAAUAAGCUAGAAAAAUAAAAGUCAUCAGGGCUUUGGACUUGUGUUCCUGAGUUUGAACUUUGGAGCGUUUUGAGGGAGUUUGAGGAAAAUCAAGAAGCAGCGAAGAAUGGCGGACGAAGCAAACAGAAGUGCAUUUCUUGAAAUCCAAGGGCGCAUGAUCGAGACCACCGGAAAAUUGAAGCAGGUUCAGAAUCAGCUGCGAAAUAAAGAAGCGGAAAAGAAGCGGGCUUAUUUAACUUUGGAGGAGCUCAAGCAACUAGCUGAUGAUACAAAUACUUAUAAAUCUAUUGGCAGAACGUUCAUUUUGGAACCGAAAUCUGUUUUGAUGGAAGAACAAGAUCAAAAGCUAAAGGAUAGUGAAGCUGCUAUUGUUGCUUUGCAGACGUCAAAAGAGUACUUGGAAAAGCAGAUGGCUGAGGUUGAGAACAACCUGCGGGAGCUCUUGCAGCAAGACCCUGGUCUUGCCCGUCAGAUAAUGGCCAUGUCAGUAUAACUCUGCUUUCCUGUGAAAUUUUAAGCGUUUCACUAGUUUGUUGCAGAUUUUUCUGUUUCUCCAGAGCAGCAUUCUUAACCAACAAACCCCUUUCUUGUUUUCGUCGCCUUUCAUACCCCCGUAUAUUUGAGUGAAUGUAUCGUUUAUUGAGCAUGUGCUGUAUUCAAUUUCAACUUUGUAAUCGACAUUACGGGAUUGCUUUCCUCAUCCUUUUUGUUUAUUUCAAUCUUGAACUUGAUCAAGAAAAA